CCUUCUUGUUCUCCUCCGUCCUCCAUCUCUCCUACAACCUCGCUUGGUCUAAGAAAAAAACAGCAUGUCGCAGAACUUCAAGGUUGCAGACAUCUCUCUCGCUGCCUUCGGUCGCAAGGAGAUCGAAAUCGCAGAGCACGAGAUGCCGGGUCUUAUGUAUAUUCGCCAAAAGUAUUCUGCAUCCAAGCCCUUGAAGGGUGCGCGCAUCGCGGGCUGUCUUCAUAUGACAAUUCAGACUGCAGUGCUCAUUGAGACCCUCACUGCGCUUGGUGCACAGGUUACUUGGUCUUCUUGCAAUAUCUACUCCACCCAGGACCACGCGGCAGCUGCCAUUGCCGCUACCGGCGUUCCUGUCUUUGCGUGGAAGGGCGAAACGGAGGAGGAAUACACUUGGUGCAUUGAGCAAACUCUCGCCGCCUUCCCCAAUGGCCAGCAUCUGAACAUGAUUCUUGAUGACGGAGGAGAUCUCACGACCCUAGUUCACGAGAAGUUCCCCCAAUACCUCAAGGACAUCAAGGGUAUUUCUGAAGAGACGACAACCGGUGUUCAUCAUCUUUACAAAGCAUUCCGCGAAGGGAAACUUAAAGUUCCCGCUAUCAAUGUCAACGACUCGGUGACCAAGUCGAAGUUUGACAACUAUUACGGCUGCAGAGAGUCUUUGGUCGAUGGUAUCAAACGUGCGACAGAUGUCAUGCUCGCUGGAAAGGUGGCUGUGGUCGCUGGCUUUGGCGACGUCGGCAAAGGCUGCGCGGAGUCUCUUCGAUCUUACGGUUCUCGUGUGAUUGUUACUGAAAUCGAUCCGAUUAAUGCGCUGCAAGCUGCCAUGGCCGGUUAUGAAGUAACGACUAUGGAAGAUGCUGCUUCCCGUGCAAAUAUCUUUGUCACUACGACUGGUAACCGGGAUAUUAUUACCGCGAAGCACUUCGAAGUCAUGCCUGAAGAUGCAAUUGUUUCCAACAUCGGUCACUUCGACGUUGAGAUCGACGUUGCUUGGCUCAAAGCCAAUGCGAAAGAGUGCGUGAACAUCAAGCCGCAGGUCGACCGCUUUACAAUGCCAUCGGGUCGUCACAUCAUCCUGCUUGCCUCCGGCCGUCUCGUUAACCUUGGUUGUGCGACGGGCCAUCCAUCAUUUGUUAUGUCUUGCUCGUUCUCAAAUCAGGUUCUUGCACAAAUUGCUCUUUGGACGACGCCCCAAAACUUCCCCCUUGGCGUGCAUAUCUUACCCAAGGAACUUGAUGAAGAGGUUGCGCGUGCACAUCUCGCACAAAUCGGUGUGAAGCUGACGAAGCUCACAACUACUCAAUCCGAGUACCUCGGUAUCCCUGCCGAUGGCCCCUACAAGGCGGCCCACUACCGUUACUGAGCGCAACACUUUUUGCCUGGUCCCGGGCCUCAACGUGCCCCGGCUGGCUGUGCGCUUGUAUCUAUUAUUAACCUGCUGUGCGCUAUGGCGUUAGCAGAUGGGGGCUGUCAACACCCUCUUGUAACUGUUGUUGUAUCGAUGUGAUCAUUGGGGUCUCAACGCCCUUUUCCUCAGCGGGAUGGCUGGGACAGGCACCAACGUUCGCAGUCUCCCGCUGAUGUACCGGUACGACUAAAAAAGGUUUCAACAUCCUUUGUAGACUAGAGAUAACGAUCCAUGACUUGAUUCAUUCAAAGAAAAGAUGUAGCAAGCAUAUUUUUAGACAAAAAUUAAAAG